GCUCGGAUCUGAUCUCCAGCCUGGGAACAACAUGCCACAGGGCAGCCAGAAAAAAAAAAAAAAAAAACACCAAAAAAACGUAAAGCAGGGUUCUGUGAGAGAGCUGAGGGAAUGAUGGUCUGACCCUGAUGUGGCAGACUGGGCAGUAUUAGGCAGGACAAGCGAUAGAGAACUCCACCCACUAGCUGACUGCUAAGAGAGGAAUGGUGAUGACAAACUAGAGAGAUACUAGCUUCAGGCAUAGCUGGAUCCAGGAGCUGAGGCUCCCUGUCUCUUUCUGGGCUUCCACUAUAUUGGCCUCAGCCUCAGGAACAUUUUCUACACCACAGGGAUGAGAGGUGAGGAGAGGGCAACAGCUCUAAGAUGGCAUGCUACAGCAUGUGAUCAGUGGAAAACAGCUUCUCUUUCUGGGCCAGUCUAUCCCAGAAUUGUACAGUGUGGGUCUGCUUUGCUCACUUGCCCGUCCCUAAGCCUGUCACAUGGCUGCUGGAUUUGGAGUUCAUUGAUUGGCAAGGUCUGGGGAGCAGGACGAACCUCCUGGACUGAGAAUAGGGAAGAGGUGGCCCCAAAGGACCAAUGGAAGAGACGGGAAGUUGAGCAAGUAAAAGCCAGCCACAGUCCCCUGCAGAGAGUGAUCUUGAGACCAAAGGUACAAAGGAGCAGGUGCACUCAAAGGGCAAGGGGGGGAGGUCGGGACAGAAGGAGCAGCACAUGCUCAAAGCUUGGGUGGACCUGAGGGAAAGGGGGCUGCUGGGAGGGGCAAGGGGACAGGCCUCAGCGACGCAUUCGGAUUUUAUUCCCCUCUGGGAGAGGGGAAGAGAGGUGUGGAGCAUGUUUUUAAAAGCUUGAGCUGCAAAGGGACCAGAGGGCAGACGCCCUCCCCCAUUUCACUUUCCCAAAGUGCCCCCACCCUCCCCCUUCCCAACACCUCCCCAGCCCCCUCCGUCUCACCUAGUCCUUCCUCCCCACACUCCCCUCCUGUGCCCCUCACACCCCUGUGUCACCCCUGGCCCUCCAGCCUCCUCACCUGGGAGCAGAGCCACAUGAUGGUGGUAAAAAUAUCUCUCGGACAGAGUGUGAACUGGGGGGGCAGGGGAGGAGGGAGGCCGAGCCCUCCCACUAGGCAAGGGACCCUUGGGGUGGAGGGCAGGGCACUGCUGGUCUCCUGGGCUCUGGGGACGGGUUCUGAGUCCCGCCCCUUCUCCCUCCCCCACGGCCACCCUGGCUCUCGGGUCCCCUCAGUCAGGCGCACAACCCAGUGCCAGCAGCACCAGCUGGGAGCCAAGCAGGUGGAGGAGCUCAGAGGUCCCCACUGCCGCCCAGGACCACCCUUGGCACUCUCAGUGAUGCCUCUUUGCCCUGUCUGGUUGGCCCAGUGCAGUCCCCUCAUCUCCAGUCCAACGGGGCUCCUCUGAGUCCCCACCACCCAUGUCUGCGCCCCCAUGGCGGGCAUGGCGACAGCGAGCCGGGGGCGGGUCACCAUGCAGGAGCACAUGGCCAUCGAUGUGAGCCCGGGCCCCAUCCGGCCCAUCCGCCUCAUUUCCGACUACUUCCCGCACUUCUACCCCUUCGCCGAGCCCGCCCUGCGCACCCCAGACCCACGGCCUGCGGUGACCCCCGCCAUCCCCUCUGCACCGCAGCCACAGCUGGACCUAGAGCCAGAGGGAGACUCAGAUGACAGCACUGCGCUUGGCACCCUCGAGUUCACCCUCCUUUUGGAUGCGGACAACAGCACCCUGCACUGCACGGCCCACCGCGCCGAGGGCCUCAAGCCACCAGCCUCGGGCUCCGUGGACACCUACGUCAAGGCCAAUCUGCUCCCGGGGGCCAGCAAGGCCAGCCAGCUGCGGACACGCACGGUUCGGGGUACGAGGGGACCUGUCUGGGAGGAGACGCUCACCUAUCACGGCUUCACCGUCCAGGACGCCCGGCGCAAGACCCUGCGGCUGUGCGUGUGUGAGGACCCACGGCUGCGGCGGCGGCGGGGGGCACCUCCCCUGGGGGAGCUGCGGGUGCCCCUGAGGAAGCUGGUGCCCAACCGAGCCAGGAGCUUCAACGUGUGUCUAGAGAGGCGGCGGCUGACCAAGAGGCCCAGGAGCCUGGACACAGCACGUGGCAUGUCUCUGUAUGAGGAGGAGCUGGAGGCAGAGGCGGCAGGAGAGGAGCGUGGGCGCAUCCUGCUGUCGCUGUGCUACAGCUCUCAGCGGGGCGGCCUGCUGGUGGGUGUGCUACGCUGCGCCCACCUCGCCCCCAUGGAUGCCAAUGGCUACUCAGACCCCUUCGUCCGCCUCUUCCUGCAUCCAAACGUGGGGAAGAAAUCCAAAUAUAAGACCAGUGUUCGGAAGAAGACCCUGAACCCCGAGUUCAACGAGGAGUUCUUCUGCGGCCCAAGGGAGGAGCUGGCCCAGAAGACGCUGCUGGUGUCCGUGUGGGAUUAUGACCUGGGCACGGCCAACGACUUCAUUGGUGGGGUGCAGCUGAGUAGCCGGGCCAGCGGGGAGCGCCAGCAACAUUGGCGUGAAUGCCUGGGUCGCAGUGACUGCCGGCUGGAGCUGUGGCACCCGCUGGACGGUGCGCCCCUCCAGCUCAGCGACUAGCAGGGGCCCCCCAUCUGGGCCUGCUCACCGCCCCUCCCCAAACCAGCCCUCGGCAGUUCCCACGGAGCUGGGAAGACCUGGAGCUGCCUCACCCACCACACCCAGCCCCUUCAAUCCCUUCCUGCCCCUCUUUCAAAUCCAUCCCGCUGCCCAAUCAUGAAGCAAGAAUAAACCUCUCCUUCAAACCUGA